AUGGCUUAUGUUGGAUCAUCUAAUAUAGAUGUCCACCAAUCAGCCUCCAACCUUGUUGUCCACCAGUUACAGGUGGGUGACAGAGUCUGGAUAGAAGUCUUUAGUGGUAGUCAUCUGUACUCAGCUUCUCCAGAAACAACCUUUUCUGUGAUCAUGAUCAAUGGAUCAGAGAAUACAAUGCUGAAAGACCAGAUUCAGAUUUUGAAUUCUACUUCCAUGCUUAUACAACACAAUAUGUCUACUUCAGAAGACAUAAGAAGGCUGGAUAACAUCUUUACAUUUGAAAUAGAGCAGACAGUCAAACACAUUGAAGACAAAAUGAUGAACAACAUGUCUGCCACAAUCACAGACCUGGAACUACGAGACAGAUAUCUAUCAUUUUCUCUGUUGGAUGUACACAAUAACACAGCGAGUUUGGAUGCACAGAAGCAACAAAUGAAGAGUGAGAUCCAAGCACUGACAAAGUCACAGCAAAAUGAGAUCACCCAACUUAAUAAUACAAUUAUCCAUUUUAAAAAUCGUGUUCAAUCCAAUGUAGCUUUUACAGCUGGAAUUUUAGGAGAGACAAACGGGCAACAUACAUAUGCAAGUGGAGAUAUUGUUAAAUUUCCAAAAUUCAUAUACCAGGUGGGAGGAGGAUACAACCCUACAACAGGAGUGUUUACUGCCCCAAAGACUGGACUCUACAUCAUAUUCUGUACUAAUGUGGCAGCACAUCAGCAAGUAUUUUAUACACAAAUAAUGAUUAAUGGAUCACCAAAGGCAGGAGUCUUGGCUUAUGUCCAUCCAACUUCUGCGUAUAUCCAUCAGUCAGCCUCAAACCUUGUUGUCCACCAGUUACAGGUUGGGGACAGAGUGUGGAUACAAGUAUAUGAUGGUGGUCAUCUGUACUCAAACAUUCCAGAUACAACAUUAUCUGUGGUAAUGAUCAAUGGAUCAGACUGAAACUAACAUGUCAUCGAUUAUUUCACUCUUAUAUGAAUCUGAACAACUUCCCACUUUCUCCAGAUAAAAAAAAUCUUACUCGAAUCAAUAAUUUUAGAAAACUAAUGAUAUAAGAAAAAUAAAGAUACAAUUAC